CCUCGAGCGAGCCCAGCUGCUGCCCAGAGCCCGCCAGUCGUCCCCUUGGACCCUACCAAGCCCGUUCUCGAGCCACCAAGUCGCGCCGUCGUCGCCCCAGCCUCGACCAGCCGCCUCAUCAGCUCACGGCACACUCUCGGUCCACCUCUCGUCCACCACUCGACACUGAGAGUUCGACCACCGACACAGCUCCACCCUCUCCGCCAACCCCGUCACCCCGCUAGCCACCUCUCGCCAUGCGUCAACUCAAGCAUCAUGAGCAGAAGCUCCUCAAGAAGGUCGACUUCAUGCAGUGGAAGAGCGACGCCGGCAUGCGCGAGAUCCAGGUCAUGCGCCGGUACCACAUCCAGAACCGCGAGGACUACCACACGUACAACAAGAUCUGCGGCCAGGUCCGCCGCCUGUCGCACCUCGUGUCGCGCCUCCCGCCCGCCGACCCGUUCCGCACCAAGUACGAGGACAUGCUCCUGUCCAAGCUGUACGACAUGGGCAUCCUCGACCGCGGCGCCAAGAUGAGCGACAUCGAGGGCUCGGACGCGCCCGUCGUCAAGGGCUUCAAGGGCAAGGAGAAGGAGGUCGAGGGCCAGGGCAAGAAGGAGGGCAAGGUCACGGUCGGCGCAUUGUGCAGGAGGAGGCUCGCCGUCGUCAUGGUCCGCCUCAAGAUGGCCGAGACGGUCAAGAUGGCUGUCACGUACGUCGAGCAAGGUCACGUUCGCGUCGGACCCGACACGAUCACGGACCCGGCCUUCCUCGUGACUCGCAACAUGGAGGACUUUGUCACCUGGGUCGACACGUCCAAGCUCAAGCGCCACAUCGCCGCCUACAACGACGAGGUCGACGACUUUGACCUCCUCGAGGAGCGGAGCGCGAGGAGGUGAGCGCUUCGAGGCGCCGGCGCCGUCGUCUUUCUCUCCUGCAUGUUGUAACUUUGCCGCUCUUUCGCACGCGCACCUUCU